AUGAAGAAAAAAGGCCGUGGUACUAUGGACCAGUCCAUAGAAAAAAACACUAAAAUAGUCGCUGUUCGUUGGUACGACACAAGAGCUGUCAAUGUACUAUCUACAUUCUCUGGUACAGAUCCCAGAAAUCCAGUUAGUCGAUUUGAAAAAUCCAAAUCAAUGUAUGUCCCAGUACAGAGGCCAGCAGUUAUAAAACUGUACAAUGAAAACAUGGGAGGGGUAGACCUUCAUGACUGUUGUGUGGCCAAAAAUUCCUACCGCAUUAAGUCCAAGCGGUGGUACAUGUACAUUUUUUGGCAGACCAUUAGAAUGAUGCUUGUGAAUGCCUGA